CGCCGCGCUCCUGCAAGAUCCCGGCCGGGACAGCCUCCUUCAUCCAGAGGAAACAGGUCCAGAGAGGGGGAGUGAUUUGCCCAGAGCCACACAGCCAAAAACAGAACUUGACUCUUGAAGGGUCCAGCCCUGCCUCCUGCACAGCCAGGACAGCCAACAGCUAUCAGAGGGCUUCAGUUUGCUUCCCCACGAGAUGGGAUGACCAUACCGCCCGCUGAGAGAAUGAAAUGGGACUUCCCUUCAACAGUGUUCCCGUGGCAUGGGCGCUGGAGCCCAGCAGACCUGGGCCUGCUCCUGACUGCGCCUCAGACCUGGGCAGGAGAGCUGGCCCCUCUGAGCCUCAGUUUCCCCAUCUGUAAGGUGACGCGGUCGCCCCUGCCUUGGUGGUAAUGGAUGCACCACACCUGCCCAGCACCUGGCACCCAGCAGAUUUAUCUAUCCGCCCAUGAACAUUUGUGAGCACCUACUAUGUGUCAGUAUCUGUCUCAGGUACCUUGAUCAAGAUAGCAGUGAUCAAGAUGGGCAGUUCACAUUCAAAUGCGAACAGCAGGCUGAGUUCAGUGGUGCUGGACUCCUGACUCGGAAGUUGUUGAUUUCCGUCCUGGAUGCUGGGAGACCCCAUGGCAGCCACACGAGUUGUUGAGCAGACAUCCAGGUCCCUACUGAACCAGGGACCCACAGGAGCAUGGAUAAAGGCCCCAUGGCACCGCUCUUUGGGAGCUCUGAGAGCCCCACGCACACCCCCCGCAGGUGCCAUGACUCAGCAGCCGCAGGAGGGCUUCGCCAGGAGCUUGGAGGACGCCCAGGAGUGGAUGAAAGCGGUGCAGGAGCGGCUGCAGGUCAAUGACAACACCCAGGGGCCCCGCGCGGCCCUGGAGGCCAGGCUGCGGGAGACCGAGAAAAUAUGCCAGCUAGAGCCAGAGGGCCGCCUGAAGGUGGACAUGGUGCUGCGGGCGGCCGAAGCCCUUCUGGCAUGCUGCCAUGAGGACCAGAAGCCCGAGAUCCUGGCCCAACUGAGGGACGUCAAAGCCCAGUGGGAGGAGACGGUCACCUACAUGACCCACUGUCACAGCCGAAUCGAGUGGGUGUGGCUGCACUGGAGCGAGUACCUGCUGGCCCGGGAUGAGUUCUACCGCUGGUUCCAGAAGAUGACGGUGGUGCUCGAGCCCCCUGUGGAGCUGCAGCUGGGCCUGAAGGAGAAACGCUGGCAGCUGAGCCACGCCCAGGUGCUGCUGCACAACGUGGACCAUCAGGCCAUGCUCCUGGACCGGCUGCUGGAGGAGGCGGCCUCCCUGUUCAGCAGGAUCGGGGACCCCAGCGUGGACGAAGACGCGCAGGAGAAGAUGAAGGCCGAGUACGACGCGGUGAAGACCAAAGCCCAGAACAGAGUGGACCUGCUGGAGCACGUGACCCAGGAGCACGAGCAUUUCCAGGUGAGCGUGGACGAGUUCCAGCUGUGGCUGAAGGCGGUGGUGGAGCGCGUGCACAGCUGCAUGGGGCGCAAGUGCCAGCUGAGCACCAAGGACCGUCUCUCGGCGCUGCAGGACAUCGCCAGUGACUUUCCCAGGGGUGAGGCGUCUUUGAAGAGGCUGGAGGAGCAGGCCGUGGGGGUCGUCCAGAACACCUCCCCUUGGGGUGCAGAGAAGAUCACCAAAGAACUGGAGGAGAUGCGGAAUGUUCUGGAGAAGCUGCGUGCACUCUGGGAGGAGGAGGAGGGGCGGCUGCAGGGCCUGCUCAAGUCCAGGGGAGCCUAUGAGCAACAGAGGAGGCAGCUGGAGGCUGAGCUGGCAGAGUUCAGGAAGGGCCUUCAGAGGUUGGCGGAGGAGGACCUGGAACCCGCGGCCAAAGCGGGGACCGAGGACGAGCUGGUGGCCCGCUGGAGACUCUACUCGGCCACGCGGGCGGCGCUGGCCGCGGAGGAGCCUCGGGGGGACCGGCUGCAGGCCCGGCUGCAGGAGCUCAUCGUGUUCCCCCAGGACCCGCAGCCCCUCGCGGACAGUGUGGCCGCUGCCAUCCAGGAGCACCAGAGCCUGAAGGCCAAGACCACCAGGCUGCGCAAUGCCGCGGGCACGGACCUGUGGCAGCAUUUCCAGCGGCCUCUGCAGGAACUGCAGCUGUGGAGGGCUCUGGGCCAGAGGCUCCUGGAUGUCACCGCCAGCCUGCCAGACCUGCCCUCCAUCCACACCUUCCUGCCGCAGAUUGAGGCGGCCCUGGCGGAAAGCUCCCGCCUGAAGGAGCAGCUGACGAUGCUGCAGCUGAAGAAAGACCUGCUGGGCGGCAUCUUUGGCCAGGAGAGAGCCACGGCCCUGCUGGAGCAGGUGGCAACUUCUGUGAGAGACAGAGACUUACUGCACAACCGGCUUCUGCAGAGAAAGAGCAAACUGCAGAGCUCACUCGCUCAACACAAAGAUUUCGGAGCGGCUUUUGAUCCCCUGCAGAGAAGGCUCUCAGACCUCCAAAUCAGGGUCCACGCUGAGAAUGGGCUUCAGCGGGACCUUCCUGGGAAACAGGCCCAGCUUUCGAGGUUGCAGGGGCUACAGGAGGAGGGGCUGGACCUGGGGGUGCAGGUGGAGGCCAUGAGGCCUCUCGUCCAGGGGAACUCCCACCACCAGCACAGAAUGGACCAGCUGUCCUCUGACCACCAGAUCCUGCACCGGUCUCUGGAGGACCUUGUGGACACGUGCCAACAGAGCGUGCGGGAACAUUGCACCUUCAGCCACGAGCUUCUGGAGCUGCGACAGUGGAUCUCCGUGCUCACACAGAAGCUGGAGGCCCACCGUGGGGACACAGGCCCGUGGGAUGCCCAGUCCCGAGAGGUCGAAGUCGAGAAGCUGCUGGAUGAAUUCCCGGGGAAGGAGGCGCAGCUGCCCCUGAUUGAAGCGCACGGCCGGCUGGUGAUGGAGAAGUCUUCUCCGGAGGGGGCUGCUGUGGUCCAGAAGGAGCUGCAGGAGCUGGUGGAGUCUUGGGGGGCCCUGAGGCUGCUGGGGGAAAGCCUGCUGAGCCUCAUCAGAAACCAGCAGCUGCAGAGGAUGGAAGUGGAUUCGGGGAAGAAGAUGAUUUUCACCAACAACAUCCCCAAGACCGGGUUUCUCAUCACCCCCACGGAUCUUAUUUCCCGACACCACCGUCAGGCAACUGUGCGUCAGGAGGAGGAAGGCAGCUGUGAAGAUUUCUCCCAGCUUCUGAGGAACUUCGAGCAGUGGUUGCAGGUGGAUAAUUCCAAGCUGGUUAGAAUCAUCGCCACGAGAACUGCCACCGCCACGGACCUGAGGACCAGAGAAACAAAGCUGCAGGAGCUGGAGGCUCGGUUACCAGAAGGUCAGCGUCUCUUUGAAAAUGUCCUUCGUCUCAGGCCAGCAGGGGGGUCCUCAGAAAAGCUGGAGGAUCUGCGCUACCGAUGGAUGCUCUACAAGUCCAAACUAAAGGACUCCGGCCACCUGCUGAUGCAGAGUUCUCCAGGGGGGGAGCCGACUGGAUUCCAAAAGGCAUGCUAUGGAAGUAAUUAUCUUACCUCCGUUUUCAUCUGUGGCUUCCAAGCCCAGCCGUGACAUGUUUAAUAGGAGAGAUUCAUCAUCUUUCGUGGAAACCCCUUGGUGGGAACAUUACUCAGCUACUUGGCCUUGGCCUUUUCUGUCACUGUCUCGCCAACCCUGGCUCCAGCCGCUCCUGCAGUGACCUUUCUCCACUCUGCUUCUCCCAAUCGUGCAUCAAGAGGGGCCACUUGUUUGAGGCUUCCAUCGCUGGGAUUUUGUACGGCCGUUGCCCUCUGGCAUGCAUCUUGGUCCCUGCUCCCGGCUCCCACUUGGUCUUCACUGUGGCUUCUGCUGCCAGUUUCUAACAGGAGGGCUCCUCUACCAAUGGGCAUCAAGGGAAAUUGUUCCAAAUUGUCCUGCUGCACAGCCCCUCUCACUUGGAGAGUGCGUGGUUCCCGUCCUCCAGCAUCUGCAAAUAACGGAGGCCCUUCUGCUUUGGAAUGAGGUGAUGGGAAGACAAAAAGUAAAAAUUUUUAAAAAAGGAAGCCAAAUGGAAUUUAGUAUCCUGGACUGCAUCCUAGAACAGUCAGAGGUCAUUGGCCAAAAACCCGAUGAAAUGCAAAUGAAGUCUGCAGCCCUGUUAGUAAAUCUGUGCCAGGGUUAAUUUCUUGGUUUUGACACAUGUCCCAUGGUGACGUGAGAUGUGAGCCUUAGAAGAGAUCAGGUGAAGC